AUGCCUCAGUGGCUUCUACCUCUGAGGGUCUAUGGCCUGAUACUGGGCUUGCACCCACUGUGGUCAGCCAAGCCAGCAGCUGGGCAGAGGAGCUGGACACAGGGCAAGAGGACCGGGCACAAGCUGGGAGCUGCUGGGCAGCUCUGUUACACGGAUUACUGCCUACCGCCCAUCCCUCCAACGGUGCAGAACGGGGUGCCUCACCUGCUCACAGCGGCAGCCGCGCAGCUCGGGUUCAAGCGGGUCCAGGCGGCGCACAGACCACCUGGCGUGGGAGCUGUGGACGUACACGGCCACCCAGUCUGCUGGGCUUUCCGAGGCGCUCCGGGUGGUGGAAGGAAGCUCCAAAACCCACACUCCAAACACCUGCUCCCUCAGCUGCAAGUUGCCAGCAUUGUCAAAGAGAGUAUCCCACUCUUCACCUACAGCCUGAUCAAACUUGCCUUCCUGUCCUCCGAGACCAGGUGCAAAUUCUUCAGUCUGACCAAGACACCAGAGGAUUACAGCAUCAUUGUCGAUGAGGAGGGCUUCCUGGAACUGCCCUCCUCAGAACACGUGGGUGUGGCCGAUGCUACCUGGCUAGCCCUCAAUGUGGUAUCCGGCACCGGCAGCUUCUCCAGUUUCCAGCCCAUCGGCAUGACCGAGAUCAUCAAGUCAGCCAUCGCCCCACUGGCUGAUCAGAGCAUCUCUGUGUCCAUGCUGUCCACCUACCAGAUGGACCUCAUCCUGGUGCAUGAGUAG